AUGAUUACUGUUGUUACUCGGUGCUUAUUAUUACUAGUUAUUCCGUUCUUACUUCAUUCCUACAUUAUCCGGGCUUCAUUCAGUUUCAUUGUAGAGCCUGAGCAUUUCGUACGGCAUCAACGUGAUCAUCAGUUUUUUUGUCGCUUCAUUCGUAAAAUCCAGCAAAAGCAACAGGUUAUUCAUGUCUCUGUCAAAAACCCCAUGCAUAUCUUAUUUCCAGUCCCGGUAAAGCGUGGCAAGCCAACUGAGAAUCCUUUCGGUAUUACGAUGGAUUUAGUGGAGCCAGUUGUUGAGAUAGCGCUUGAAGAUGUUUAUCGGGAUCAGUUGGUCCCAAGAGGCUCACUGAGUUUACAUUUCAAGGAUACUCAUCUGUCAGACGCUCAUGGACCUAAUGUUGCAAUCAAUCAGCUUGUUGAAGGUAAGCUGGACUGUAUUAUUGGCUACGCAUUUGUUUAUGCACUGGCGCCGGUAGCUCGAAUGUCACCAUACUGGAAAAGCGCUACUAAUAAUGGGAUUCCAGUAAUAACCUCAAUUGGCUUGACAAGUAAUCUAGAUAAUCGCCAGGAAUACAAGCUACUGACUCGGAUAACCAGUCCGUACAAGGUACUGACCAAGGCGGUGCUAAUGAUAUUUGAUCGGAUGGGCUGGCUCAGAGUGGCGUAUGUAUUCCAUGAACAGAGACACGGGAGCACGAACACAAAUACUCCUUACGGGGAAUGCUAUCUGCAGAUGGCCUCUCUACAAAUGCUGCAGUACAAGAAGAAUCGCAUGGAUCAUAAUUACUUUCUUUUCAACGAACUCAGAUUCGAUCGCGAUCAAAUUUCGAAAAUUUUGAUGAAAGCAAGUUCCCUUAGUAACGGUUAG